AAUGUAAUCAAACUUUAAAAAGCAGUUCUACGAUUGAUAAUGUACUUCGUGAUACAGGGCCUGGAUCUUCCUAACAAAAUGCAUUGAAGGAUAACAAAGUAUGUAAAGCAAACAAAUCUGGUUACUGUGCCUGCAUUUAUACUUCAUGAAAAGCAUUUUCAGAAAAUAGAUAUAUUGGUGUCGGCCGAUUGGUCCCUGGAAAUUCGCCCCAUGCUGUUUUGGAGGACCUGAUUCAGUCACGUUGUAGUUGUACGCAAAAGUAAACCAGAACGAUGUCACGUCUUGGCCUGCUCAUCGCCACGGCCGUGGUCGUAUUUCAGACGUUGAUCUCCUCGUCGACGUCGGAGUUUGUCUUUGAGGAUAUCUUCAACGACCCCGAACGCGACACCUUCCUCCGGGGGACCUUUCCCGAGGGAUUCCUCUGGGGUGCCGCUACUGCAGCUUAUCAGAUCGAAGGGGCAUGGAGUGAAGACGGAAAAGGGCCAAACGUCUGGGACGCCUUCACUCACAUCCCGGGGAAGACCUACGGCAAUCAAAAUGGCGACGUCGCCUGCGACAGCUAUCACAAUCUAGAACGCGACGUCGAGAUGGUGAAGGAGCUCGGUCUGACCCACUACCGGUUCUCCCUUUCGUGGUCGAGAAUAUUCCCGACCGGUUUUACCCAUCAGGUGAAUCCCGCAGGGGUGCAGUACUACCACCGCUUGAUCGAUGCCCUCCUUGAAGCUGGUAUCCAGCCCGCCGUUACCCUUUAUCAUUUCGACCUUCCUCAGAUGCUAGAGGAGCUCGGUGGGUGGGAGAAUGAGAUGAUGGUCCUUUACUUUCAGGCUUAUGCAGACUUUUGCUUCAAUGAAUUCGGUGAAAAGGUAAAACUCUGGUUUACAAUCAAUGAGCCUAAGGUGAUCGCCAUUCAAGGGUACGAGGCGGGAAUCUUCGCACCGGGCAAGACGCGUCCAGGUUACGGCACCUACCGCGUCGUGCAUACUAUGCUGAAGGCGCAUGCGCGUGCUUGGCACACGUACGACCAAAAGUACCGCGCAGCGCAGGGCGGGAAAAUAUCCAUAGUGUUCAACUCGUUCUGGUCUGAGCCCGCCGAUCCGGAGAACCAGGCAGACGUCGAGGCAGCGGAUAGGAUGAGGUUGUUUGAGCUCGGCUCCAUGGCAAACCCAAUUUUCGGAAACGGAGAUUAUCCGCAGCUCGUUAAGGAUGUAGUGGGUAAUAUGAGUCGUGCUCAGGGUCUGACAGUGUCUCGUGUGCCCUUAUUCACUCCUGAAGAACAACAGCUAAUCAAAGGCACUGCCGAUUUCUUUGGACUAAACCACUACUCAACAAGGUUUGUCGCCUACAAGAAACCCGAGUUCAACCCGGUCCCUACGGUAUACGAUGAUUUCCAGGCCGAAUUCAGUUCUGAUCCGGCCUGGCCACAGGCUGCAUCAGAAUGGUUAAAGGUUGUUCCAUGGGGCUUCCGUCGUCUGCUAAACUGGAUCAAGAAUACCUAUGGUGACGUACCCAUUUACGUCACAGAGAACGGUGUAUCUCUACCAGACGGUCCUAUGGAUUUGGAGGACGAUCUUCGAACAAAGUACUACCGAUCGUAUGUAAAUGAAGCUCUCAAAGCAUCGCAAAUUGAUGGCGUCAACCUGCAGGGUUAUUUCGCUUGGACUUUACUAGACAACUUUGAAUGGGCGUCGGGAUUCAGCGAACGCUUCGGCUUGUACCACGUGGAUUUCAACGACCCUGCGCGUACCCGUCGCGCCAAAAACUCGGCGCAAGUCUUCACCCAAAUCGUGAAAGAUAAUGGAUUCCCGCCUAACGAAGAGGGAAAGGUUGAACUAUAAACAAAUGUUUCUUUAAAUUGUUAUGAUAUUUAUGAAAUAAGUAAUAAAUAAUAGUAUUUGGAA